AUGGUCUCUACAGCUUCUCCCUCCUUCAACUCUGCCAAAGAUGUGCCGGCAGCUCUGCCAGCCCAGCCGGUCGACAGCCAGCCAGCUCAUGAUAAGAAAUCAGAACCCGCCAACGAGUAUGAAGAUGCCGAGAAGAAUUUCCAGCCCAAGUCUCUCAAGUUCUGGACGGUCAUUAUCGGCAUAUUUCUAUCCGUCUUUCUGAUUGCACUGGAUCGUACCAUUCUUGCUCCGGCCAUCCCACGAAUUACCGACGACUUCGACUCGAUCCAGGAUAUUGGCUGGUAUGGGAGUUCUUACAUGUUGACCUGCGCCUGCUUUAAUCCCAUCUCCGGCCGGGUCUAUCAGAUCUACUCGACGAAAUGGGUCUUCGUGGUCUCGAUUGUGAUCUUCGAGGUUGGAUCAGUCCUUUGCGGUGCCGCUCCUAACUCUACCGCCUUCAUCGUCGGACGCGCCAUUGCCGGGUUAGCAGCAGCCUUCAUCUUCUCGGGCGCUAUGGUCCUUACACUUCCACUCAUUCCUCCACGCAAGCGGCCUGUUAUCAACUCGUUGUUCGGCCUGUCCUUUGGGGCAGCGUCAGUGGCGGGCCCCGUCCUGGGUGGCGCUCUCACUGAUAACGUUUCAUGGAGAUGGUGCUUCUACAUCAACCUACCGAUUGGCGGAUUCACGUUGCUCGCGGUUCUCGUCUUCCUGCAUCCCGAAGCGACUUCGAAGAGCGAGAAGCUCUCUGUGAUGUCGCAACUCAAACGGCUGGACCCGGUCGGAGUCCUUUUCUUCAUUCCAUCCAUUGUAUGCCUCAUCCUCGCCUUGCAAUGGGGCGGUUCCAUCUACUCUUGGUCGGAACCAAAGGUUGUCGGCCUUCUUGUGACCUUCUCGAUCCUGUUCGUCGCCUUCAUCGUUGUCGAAGUCGUCAUGCCAGACACGGCGAUGGCGCCCACUCGCGUCGUCCUUAACCGGUCCAUUGCUGGCAGUUUGACCUUCAUGUUCCUUCUCUCCGGAGGCCUGAUGUCCGUCACCUAUUACCUGGCGGUUUGGUUCCAGGCAGCCAAAGGAGAUUCGGCAAUCCAAGCGGGCAUCAGCACCAUCCCGCUGUGCCUUUCGUUUGUUGUAUUCGGCGUCCUCUCGGCCAUCAUUACACAAAAGAUCGGCUACUAUGUUCCCGCGAUGGUGGUAGCACCUGUUCUUUCAUCGGUUGGCGCGGGUAUGCUUUCGACCCUGAGCCCAAUCUCCGGGCACAAUGCCUGGAUCGGCUAUGAGAUCCUCUACGGCUUUGGUGUUGGUUCAGGCUUUCAGAACUCGGUCCUGCCAGUCCAGUACGUCUUGUCCCGCGCGGACGUCCCGAUCGGUCUGGCCUUGACAUUCUUCAUGCAGCAGCUUGGUGGCUCCGUCUUCCUCGCCGUUAGUCAGAACGUUUUCUCGACCAACCUUGUUGCCACUCUGUCGGGGACCACCGGUCUCGAUGCUCACGCCAUUGUCAACACGGGUGCGACGGAUCUUCGGAGAGUCGUCCCGCCGGAACAACUUGGCACGGUCGUACAAGCAUACAGCCACGCGUUGACACGGGUGUUUCUUCUCACGGCCAUUCUUUGCGCCUGUAUGUCACUAGGUAUUUUACCAAUGGAGUGGAAGAGGAUUCCGGGCAAGAAUGAGACUAAGGGAAAACUACAGUCCACGGAUACCGAGAUGGGGCAUAGUAAGGGUGAGGUGAAGAUUGAAGAAUAA